AUGUUCUCCAGGCCUUUCAGAAAACAUGGGAUCAUUCCUGUGGCCACAUACAUUCGAAUCUACAAGAAAGCCAAUAUUGUGAACAUCAAGGGAAUGGGCACAGUUAAAAAUGGCAUGCCCCACAAAUGUUACCAUAGCAAAACCGGAAGAGUCUACAAUGUGACCCAGCAUGCUGUUGGCAUUGUGAACAAGCAAGUCAAGGACAAGAUUCUUGCCAAGAGAAUUAAUGUGUGCAUUGAGCUUAUUAAGCACUCUAAGAGCCAAGAGAGCUUCCUGAAACUACUGAAGGAAAAUAAUCAGAAAAAGAAGGAAGCCAAAUAG